AUGCUGAGCCUCCAAGGACGACUGCCCGCCCGGCGCUACAUCACCCUCGCCGUCUUCUUCCUGCUGGCCAUCAUCCUCUGGCAGGGCUUCAACCCCUCCCGCCUGCCGUUCAAGUCCCCUAGCGGCAGUUCCAUUGACUACGUCCCCAGCACGAUUGACUGGAGCCAGGCCAAGAUCUACUUCCCACCGAACAAGACAGUCCCGCUACCUUCGGGAAGACCAAAGACCUUGCCUCGGGUACAAGCCCGAGCAGCCUCCGAGGACAACCAUGAUACUUCCAAGUCUCGGAGGGAGGCUGUGCGAAAGGCCUUCGUCAAGAGCUGGAAUGCGUACAAGCAAUACGCGUGGGGCAAGGAUGAGCUGAUGCCGCUCUCGGGAAAGGGCAAGACUACUUUUUCGGGGUGGUCAGCCCAGCUGGUCGACGCCCUCGACUCGUUAUGGAUUUUAGGCUUAAAGGAUGAUUUCCGCCAUGCCGUGAGGGAGGUUGCCAAGAUUAACUGGUCCAAGACCGACGGCAGUAAAAUCAACGUGUUUGAGGUAACGAUUCGAUAUCUGGGUGGACUAUUGUCGGCCUACGACCUCUCGGGAGAGGAGGUACUACUAAAGAAGGCCGUGGAGCUUGGCGAUGCGCUGUACAUGGCAUUUGACACGCCGAACCGCCUACCGACUCACUGGCUCAGCUACACCAAGGCCGAGAACGGAGAGACCCUUGGCGACACCAGCAUUUCCGGCGCCGCCAGCGGAUCGCUCUGCGUCGAGUUCACUCGUCUCAGCCAAAUCACCGGGGACGCCAAGUACUACGAUGCCACGGAACGUGUCAAGCAGUUCUUUUAUGAAAAUCAGAACCACACCAAGGCCCCCGGUCUGUGGCCAUGGGAUAUGAAUUUCCGCGAGGGCACCAUUAAGGAUGGCUUCUUCACUUUCGGAGCUGGCGCCGAUUCGCAGUACGAGUACCUCCCCAAGAUGCACGCCCUGCUCGGCGGACUGGACCCGGAAUAUGUCGAGAUGACAAUCCUGUCCUUGGAUGCCGGCCGAGACAAGCUGCUCUUCAAGCCAAUGACGCCCAAGGACGAGGACAUCCUCAUGUCAGGCAACCUGGAUACCUUUACGGGCAAGCGAGAAAGCACUGCGCAAAUGCAGCAUCUAACCUGUUUUGUGGGCGGCAUGUACGCCCUCGCCGGCAAGCUCGUCGGACGCAACGACUAUGUCGACCUGGCCGCUCGCCUCACCGCGGGCUGCGUCUGGGGCUACGACUCAUUCCCGACCAACAUCAUGCCCGAAGGAACUGAGCUGGUCAAGUGCGAAAAUAUGGACCAGCCGUGUCCCUACGAACAAGAUAGGUUCUCCGCAGGCAGCAGCAAGAAUUUGCCAGGCGGGUUUCUUCGGAUCAACGACGGGAGGUACAUGCUGAGACCGGAAGGCAUUGAAAGCGUCUUCUACAUGUGGCGCGUGACGGGGGAUCCUGUCUGGCGCGACGCGGCAUGGCGAAUGUGGGAGGGCAUAGUCAAGGAGACAGAGACGGAGUUGGCGUUUGCUUCCAUUCAGGAUGCGAGUAUGCACGGGAGUGCCAAGCUUGAUUCCAUGGAGACAUUCUGGCUUGCGGAAACAACUAAAUACUUUUUUCUUACUUUUGAAGACGAAGAUGUGAUCAAUCUCGACGAAUGGGUGUUUAACACGGAGGCGCACCCCAUGCGGCGGCCGAUUGGGUCUCUCAGUCUCCGGGCCGGCAAAAGCACCCGCCAUGACCUCACCACCCGCCGCCACCCUGCCUUGACCACACACGACUCCAACGUCCUUCCUUCAUCACCACCGAACCGCCCACCGACAUUCACGCAGCACACAACCACCGAAAAAAAUACAAAUAAAAAAAAGGACCAGGACAGAAAUCGUGAUGAAGCACGAGGCAUGCCACUUCGUCUCGCUGCAGGUCGCGCCCUCGCGGCCCAACCACUAACUCUGCACGGCGCAUCCCCCACCGCUCACCUGCGCCGGUUCCACGCCUCCCUCACCAGAGCAUCCGACUUUGCCAAGCAGAAUCACUACGAGCGCCUGGGCAUCCACCACGAUGCCUCGCCCGGCGAAAUCAAAAAGUUGAGCUCCCCUCCCCCUCCCCCUCCCCCUAGCUUCCCACGUCCAAAAGACAAGACGCAAAAGGCCAACCAGAAACAAAACAACAACCCGCAGGUCCUUCUACUUGCUCUCCAAGUCGCACCACCCGGACGUGAACCCCUCGCCCGGCGCCGCCCAAAACUUCUCCCUCCUCUCCGAAGCCUACAACGUCCUCUCCGACGCCUCCCGCGCCAGGCCCACGAGGAGUCUACCGCUACCUCUACCGCCUCGUCGGCGCGGGGAGACCCGUGGAAGCACUUCCACCAGGCGCCGGGCGGCAUGGGCCCCGGGUCCAGCCCCUUCGGCGCGGGCAGGCCCGACGACGACGUGCCGCACUUUGACAGGCGGGCUCACGCGCGGACGCACCAGCGGCAGGACGAGCGGCGGUACGAGCGCCGCCGGGCCCUGGGCGACGACGACGUCGAGUUUGAGCCGCAGACCAGUCUGGCGGGGCACUUCUUCAUCAUCAUGGGCAUCCUGGCGGCGACCAUGGUGGCGCCCCUUGUUUACUUGCAGUUUAUGCGGCUGGGGAGGAGGAACAGGGACGGCGUGUGA